AGGGGAUUUUGUGGGGCGGCGGCCUGGGGGCUGGGCUCGUCCUUGGUCUGGAUACACAUUGUUAUAAAUAAGUGAUAUGAAUGUUUUCUGAGAACGGCUGAACUUUCUCAAUAUUUUCAGAUCGUUGCCAAAUCCUGCUUCGGGCAUCAAUCUUAAACUCAAACUUCGGUGAAUCGGAUUUUGAUUUCUCCUCAGUUUUAAUUUACACAGAUUAACAAGAUGCCCCGAAGGCCGACAAGGCAUCGUCGCUCAUUGAAUCCUCAGCCUCUGACCUUCUCCUCUUUUUCACGUUCGGUUGCUCAAGUAGCUUCAUCUUUCAAGGCCAAGCAUCGAAUGCAACACUCCAAACAACACAGAGAAUCUGCCCCAAAAUCUGCAGUUAAUGGGUUUUCGAAUAAUACUUUGGAAGCGAAGGGAGAACAGUCCGUGUCUUCUGAUGAAGAAGAGUUUGAAGGCGUGGUUCAAGCAGAUUUUGCAUUCUUCGAUCCCAAAGCCAACGACUUUCAUGGAGUGAAGACCUUGCUGCAAACCUACCUUGAUGAUAAGCAGUGGGAUUUGAGUGGUUUUGUUGACUUGGUAUUAGGGCAGACCACUGUGGGGACUGUAGUUAAAAUUGAGGAUGACGAAGAUGAAGGAGUUUUUUCUCUCGUGACUGCACUAAACAUGCAAAGAUACAAGGACCAUAAAUGUAUCCUGGAACUCAAGGAGUUCCUCCUUAAAGCAUGCCAAGAGAAGGAUGUACAAGAUAACUUGAUAUCACUCUUGGGAGAGCAAGCACAGUAUGUGGGUCUCCUGGUCUCUCAGCGCGUGGUGAAUCUUCCUCCCCAGCUAUUGCCACCUCUUUAUGAUGCCCUCUUUGAUGAAGUCUCGUGGGCUACAGAAGAUGAGCCCACGGAAGAGCUCAAGAAUUCCUUCCGCUUUAAGUUUUAUAUUCUUGUCAGUAAAAUUUACAAGCAACAGAACAAGAAUGCAAAUAAGAAAAAGAAGCUGAGCAGUGACAGUGAUGAGGCAAUAAUAUAUACAAAGCCAGAAGAUGAGAUUUUUCAUAGGCUUAGCUUGUGGUCCUUCUGCUUUCCUUUGCAGACUCAGCAGCCUGCAACUCUUGAGCUCAGAAAUUAUCGAUUUAUGGGACUAGUCAUGGCUAUUGAAGCUGACAAAAUUUCUACAUUUCGCCAAGAGUUGAAAUCUUUAAUAAAUGAAUCUUGAGGCCAGCAAAAUAUGUACAAUAUUUCUUCUAGUUUAAAAGCUUUCAUUUACCUCUUCCCAUUAUUUCUGCAAAUCUCUCAAUUAUAUACCAGAUGUCUGAGGUGUCAACUGUUUUUUUCCUUUUCAAGUUUUUGUUUCCAUCUUUCUUGUAGCAUGGGGAUUUUGUUCCAGGAUUUUCGCCCAAUUUUGUAGUCACGGCAAGUAGACCUGAUUUACAACACAUUGUAAGAACUAAGAAUUCCUUUUUUUUUCCUCAACUGAGAAUUCUUUUCUUGUACGGGGAAAGAUCCCCUUGGCUUUUGAACUUCAA